AUGUUGAGUCGAAGGGGGUGGCUGGAGAAGGCUGGUGGUUUGCUUUCAGGGGCAGGAGCUGCUUCUGCUACUUCCGGGCAGUUUGGAUCCGGGCAGUUUGAAUCUGGCCAGUUUGGAUCCGGGCAGUUUGAAUCUGGGAAAUUUGGAUCCGGGCAGUUUGAAUCUGGCCAGUUUGGAUCCGGGCAGUUUGAAUCUGGACAAUUUGGAUCCGGUCAGUUUGGAUCUGGCCAGUUUGGUGCCCGUUUUGGGCUGCCCAAGGGGAAGCACGAGGAGGAGAGGGAGGAGGGCUUGCCGUAUGAGUUCGCAGUUGGAUGCAGCGAUGGGUGCAUGCGAUUCUGGAAGGAGACGGGAAUUGAGACAGCAGUGAGUUGUGACACACACGAUACAGCAGCAGCAGCAGCAGCAGCAACAGCAGCAGCUGCAGCAGCAGCUGCAGCACCAGCUACGGAAGAGAUUAGCAGCUCUGGAGCUUGGGAAUGCGUUGGCUGCGUUAGAGUGUCCUCUGGUCCCGUUAUAAGCACCAGCGCGUGUCCGAGUGGGACGCUGUUCGCUUCAGUGGCGAGAGGAGGAGGAGACGCAACAGCAAACGAACCAGCAACUGAAGCAGUCUCUGCUGCAGCAGAUGCUGAAACAGAAAGGGGGUUAUCAACUGGGACAACUGUGUCGCUUUGGGAGAUGCUUCCUGCUGCCAUUCAUGGCUGGUCAUCCUUUCGACUGGAAGGAGAAAUUCAAGUCUCUCUAAUCCCACUAACCGCUUUAACUGGAGGGGCUGCUUCUGCCGAACCUGGUGCUCUGGAAUGGUUCGGGGGGCCCGAAGCAGUGCUCAUGGCUUGGCACGAUUCUGGCAGUGGCCAUUCACUUCUUGCAGUAGCUGCUGCAGCUAGGGUUUGUGUCUUUGCACGCGCCCGCACCCCUACCCCUCUUCCCCUUGAUCCUGAUUCCACCAACUCCCUAAGCUCGUCUGCUAAUGCCUCUGCUGAUGGUGUGACUGGUACUGGGGGUGGUAGUGGCAGCGGCACUGCUGGUUCUGGUCCGGGUCAGGAUCGGGGGAACGUGUACCAGGAAUGGAAUCGGUCUGGAGGAAGGAUCCAGGAAGCUACCACGGGGAGGCGGGAUUCAGCGGAGGUGGCAGGGGGAGGGGGGUGGAAGGCCCCUGGGUGGGCGGGGUGGGUGGAGGUGGGGCGGGUGGACCUGGGGGAGGUGGGAUCUGUUCGGUGCUUGUCGUGGGCCCCACAGGGGGUGCUGCUGGUGGGGACGGGGCAGCAGCUGCUGGUGAUCAGUCCUGUGAUGCGAGCCGAGGCAGCUGUAACAGUAGCAGCUGUAGAAGUAGCAGUUGGAGCAGUAGGAACAGUCGGAGUGGCACAGGAAGGCGCAGGGUCAGGGUCAGCAGGGGCUGGUGCAGGUGAUGUGACGCCAGCAGCAGUAGCAGGAGGAGGAGGGGGAGGAGGAGGAAGUGGUGGUGGAGGAGGGGGAGUCAGGACAGGGUUCACAGCAGGCAAGGCCGGGCUUGGGCUUGCCUAUUCCCGAGAGCCAUCAGCAGCAGACUUAUCCCUAUCUGUCUCCCCUUGGAUUUCUCCUGCUACUUCGCACCUCAGCCUUACCUCAAUGUCCCACAUCAGCCUCACUGACCUUGCGGUCGUCGCCUCCCGAAGCGGCAGGUCCGGGGCUGGCGCGCAGGCUCGGCCCGUGGCUCGGGUGUCCAGCCGCCUGUCCCUGCCGCUGUCAGCUUCGGACCCGGCUCUAGCAGCGGUUCAGAGUGUCCUAGCUGGGGCAGAGGAUGUGAAAGUAUCCGCGCUGGUCCGUGCGCUGGACGGCAGCGGGCAGCUGUUGCUGUCUGAUGCGGUGGCAGCAGUGGCAUCAGUGGUCCCUGACUACCACCCAACAGUCAUCUGGACUCUACUCAACCAGGGCCUCGUGCCAUCUGCACGCGCAUGCAUCCGCCACCUCUCCCGCUCCCUCGCUGCUGCCCAAGCCAAGGCUUGCAUUCAGCAGCAGGUCAAGGGUUUCACUCACGGUCACCUGGUUUCCUCCAGUGGUUCUGGCGUCUCUCCCUGUGUCCCCUAUUCGCAGCUGUGCCUCCCUGAAGCCUCUGCCUCUGCUUCUGGUGCGAAAGCGUCGACUGCUGCUGCCGGUGGGUUGGCGGCUUCUGCUGUCUCGUCUGGGCGUUUGUCAGGAGGAUUUGGAGGGGAUUUUGGAGGGUUUGGAGGGGGUUUCAGUGGGUUCAGCAGCACAGGAGAAAGCAGCGUGGGAAGCAGUGCUUUUGAUGACAGUGAUGGGGACGAGGAGGCUGAGGAAGAGGUGGGAGUGGGUGGGAAGAGAGGGGCAGCAGCAGCUGGAGCAGCAGGAGAUAGCAGCACGGGUGAUGAUAGUGGUGGAGGAGGAGUGCUGGGAGGAAAAGGUAGUGGGGUUGUGUCGCCUGCAGUGUUGCGGUGGCAGCAGUUGCAGCAGCGGGUGCUGGUGGGGGGACAGGUUCCCUUCACAGAGGCCGAGGCAACAGCCAUCUUCCAGGUGCUAUCUGAGGCAGGCGGGACCUGCAGCAGCACCAUCUCUGGUGUUGGUAGUGGCACACGGAUGGGGGUGCCUGGGUUGAUGGCUGGGGAGGCGGACAUGGUACUUGUGCUGCUAGAUGUGCUUGCAGCCAUGGAUGGGGUGGGUGUGAAGGAGGAGGAGGAGUUACAGCUGCAGCCCGAGGGCGGUCCAUCGUUGUCAUCAUCGUCAGCAGCAGCGUCGGUGGCGCGAGCAGUCAAAGCUCUCGAUGAACCGGGGAAAAGGCCCAGCAAUAACACACUCACCAGCAGCAACAGCAGGUCCGGGGGAGGUGUAUCCGGGGCAGGUGCAGCUGGAAUUGGGCAGCAGCAGCAGGGGCAGGGGCAGCAAGGGCAGGGGCAGCAGCAGGGGCAGGGGCAGGAGGGGCAGUUGGAGGUGGAGUCGCGUGCAGUGGCAUGGGCGGUGCACACGGAGUCAGUGGGUGAUGUGGUGAAUGCAUGCCUGCAUGAUGCCGACAAGCCCACCUGGGUGGGGUUGAGAGCUCUAGGAGUGGGAUACUGGCUCUGCAACACCACGCAGCUCCGGCAAUUGAUGGAGAGGGUAGCGCGGGCGCAGUAUCAACAGCGGAGGGAUCCCAAGGACUGUGCGCUGCUCUACAUGGUACUGGACCGCCGUUCCGUGCUGCACGGGUUGCUUAAGCUCAGCCGCGACGACAGGGAUAAGAAACUCGUGGAUUUCCUGGGGAGGGACUUCACGGAGGAGCGACACAGGGCAGCAGCGUUAAAGAACGCGUAUGUGCUGCUGUCGCAGCACCGCUUCGAUCUCGCAGCCACCUUCUUCCUCCUGGGAGAAGACAUCCCUUCUGCCGCCUCCGUGUGUGCGCGCAAUCUCAACGACCCGCAGCUGGCACUCGUGCUGUGCCGACUGCGGGAGGACAAGGCGGGGGCAGCGGCAUAUUCAAAGGAUGUGAUUCAGCGGCUUUUGUUGCCGGAUGCUGCUUCUAAGGGAGAUGCCUGGAUGGUCUGCACGCUCAAGUGGCUCAUGGGCCAAAAGCUCGAAGCCCUACAAGACCUUGUCCUGUCCUCCCACCAGAACACCAACACUCCCUCCCUCACUCGCUCCUCCUCCUCCUCCACCGCCAACACUGCCAGCUCAGCACUCGCCCCGUCCCACCCUGCCACGUCAGCAGCCGAGCCAGCUGGCGCUGAGGUGGCAGCGUUCUGUGCCACAGUGGCAAGGAAGCCGGGGUUAGGGGAGGAGUUAGAAGCGGUGCAGAGGCUGGCAGCAGUGGCAGCAGUGGAGGCAGUGAGUGGGAGCGACCACAUGGGUCUCGUGCUGCAAUCCGUGCUCGAGAUCACCAAGCAGAGGGGUUUGGGUCCGGUUCAGAGCGGUGCUGGUCAGGCGCAGAGCGGUGCUGGUGGGUUCAGUGGUGGGGCGUUGGAUUUCCAAGGCAUGAGAGUAGGUUCGGAUAGCAAUGGCGCUGUAGGCUCGGUUGAAGGGAGGGGCGCUGGUUUGAGUGUUCCCAUGGAGGCAAAGGGGGCAAUGGUGGGGAAGACAGUAGGGUCGGUGCCAGCAGUGGUGGGGGAGGGAUGGGUGGUGCCUGCUGUGGUGGCAGCAGUGCAAUCAGCCAAGCUGCGCCAGCUGCUCAAGCAGCGAGCUGCUGCCUGCCUUGCUGCUGCUAGUGUGGCGGAUGGAGUGGUUAAGAGCGUGGAGGCAUGGGCCAAGCACUGUGCAAGCGAUCACACCGCUGCCCUCGCUGCUAUAUCCUCCCAGGCUGUAACCACAUCUCAGCCAUUCACCUUGUGCCACGUCACCGCCCACCUGGCACAGUGGCACAUCCCCAGGCCGCUCCAGCGCCCGGAUGCAAUCUCCACCGUCCAUCCGCCCCACCCCGUUGAAGAUCUACGGGCACAGCUGUGCAUGGCAAUCCUUAGGCGAGUAGCCAGAGGAUGGGAGAGACGGGUAGAUGGGGGAGGUGGGGCGGCUGGCGAAGGAGGGGAGGGAGAACAGGGAGGGGGUCUGGUGCAUGGAGGAGGGGGAGUUAAUGGUGCAGGGGGGGAGAAAAAAGGGGAUAAGGAGAAGGAGGGGGGGCAGGGCGUGGCGGAGCAUGGGGGAAAGGAUGAGGAGGGCAGGUUCUUUGGACCUGGACGGGCGGUGGUUGAGGGGAGAGUGGUGGUCCUAUCAGAGGAUGACAUGUGGCACGUUGUGGGCGCGUCGGUGUGGUCGCUAGUGGAGCGGUAUGUGAGGAAGCAGGCCGUGCCCCCAUCGCUGAUCAGCCGGGCGUUCAGGUCUGGUGCUUCGGGUUAUGCCAGUGGUUCUGGUUACGCUGGUUACGGUAGUCAUGCGGGUGCGGGCGGCUCUGCAGUGUUUGACAAUCUGUGGGCGUCUGCCUGCUGGCCGGCUGACAGCUAUGCUGGCCGGGUUGCCACGCCUCCUCCUGCCCACUUCGCCCUCCUCACGCACUCCCCUAGCGGCCGCAUGAACCUACCCGGUUCUGCUGGUGCUGCUGGUGGUGGUGGGGGUGGUUGGGGCGGGGGAGCAGGGCAAAGCGGGGAGAGCAUGGGAAGCAGUGGGGCGGGGAGCAUGGGAGGCGGGGGAGGAGUGGGCAGGCUGGGUGGGUUCGGGAGCAGCAGUUUCAGCAGCGCGAGCAUCGGCGGCACCCCUGCGAAUACCUCCUCUCCCUUCUCCCCGAUAGGCUCGGCGGUGGGCCGGGGCGCGGCGGCUCGGGAUUCGUCUUAUGCGGGCGGAGUGGGGAUGGGGAUUCCGGGGUAUGGGGGGAUAGGCGCGUGGGGGUUGGGAUGGGAGGACUUGGAGGAUGCAGAGGAGGGGUAUGUGGAUCCUCCUGCUACAGCUGAGUCUGUUGCAGGGAGGGCGCUGGCGGCUCACCCGCUCAGGCCAUUCUUUCUUGUUGGCUCCACCAACACGCAUGUGUACCUCUGGCAGUUCGGUGCGCCAGCAGCAACUGCCACAUACGGCGUGCUGCCAGCGGCCAACACACCAGUGCCGCUCGUCAUUCCCUCAGUCACCUCCCUCGCCAUCCACCGCUACGGCGAGCGAUUCACCACCGCUGCUGCGGACGGCACGGUGUCGAUGUGGCAGCUGGAGGUGGGCGGGCGCAGCAACGUGAAGCCCACAGAGACCAAGCACUGCUUUGGGCGGAGUGCAAGUGGAGUGGCAUUCAUAGGGGCGAGCAGCAGUGUGCUGGCAGCGGUCGGGCAGAGCCCCUCGCAGGACAACCUGGUUGUGUGGGACUCCCUCGCCCCACCCAACGCCUCUCGCGUUGCCAUCAACUGCCACCAAGGUGGCGCCACCAGCAUUGCCAUCGUCGACAACACAAUCCCAGCCGCUGCCACAGGGAGCACCGGGGGAGCAGGAGCACGGGGAGGAGGAGCAGGAGACGGCAACGGAGGGGGAGGGGGAGGACAGCUGUCGGCGUCUCAUUCGCUGAUCGUGACGGGCGGCAAGGGUGGAGACAUCUCGGUUCAUGACUUCCGGUUUAUCGCCAGCGGCAAGAGCGGCCGCAAGGGGGGCGGGGGCGGGGGCGGAGGAGGGGGCAACAAAGACGGAAGCAGAAACAGCAACAACAGCAGCAAUGGUGCUGGCAGUGGAGUGGUGGGAAGCGGUGGUGGUGGGUAUGGGGAUAGGGCGCUGUGGCACAUUCCCAGGGCGCACAGCAGCAGUGUGUCGGCGAUUCUAUCCCUGCCCGGCACGCCGCUGUUCCUGAGUGCGGGCAAGGAGGGCGAGGUGAAGCUGUGGGAUGCGUCGCGCUGCCGGCUGCUCAGGGAGUGGGCGCGCGUGCAUGAGAAGCGCACGUUUCUGAAUGCACGUGGAUUCGGAGCGGUUAUGCAGGAGCGGCAGGGCAGCAGGUGUGUGUCGGCGAUUCUAGCGGUGCCCGGCACGCCGCUGUUCCUGAGUGCGGGCAAGGAGGGCGAGGUGAAGCUGUGGGACGCCUCGCGCUGCCGGCUGCUCCGGGAGUGGCCGCGCGUGCAUGAGAAGCGCACCUUCCUCAAUGCCCGUGGAUUUGGGUCGUCAUGCAGGUUGGUGUGCUGCUGUGUGGGCUGUGCUAGUCACGCUGGUGAAUGUGUUGCGUAG